UUUUCUAAUUGUGAUAAUUGUCCCUAACUAUGGAAACGAAAAAUUAAUCAACCAGAAUCUAGAUGAAACCAAUUUUUGUCACUAAAAAAGUGAAAUGAUUUUUUCCGAAAAAAUAAAUUUACUAAUUGCUGUUAUUUAAAAGGGAUAAUUUAAACACAAUUUAACUGUUAAUUCACUAUGAUUUAGUGAUUAGUGACAAUUGAUUAUUGUGAUUAUGGAUUUAAAAAGGAAACUAUUGAAAAUUGAUUCGAUUAUCAUUUCAUCCAACAUCAUAAUCAUUGUGCUCUUGAACAUAACACGAUCUAAUUGUCAAUCUCGUCCCCUUUAUGCACCAGUUCAAAUUUACGAACAUUGCAACAGUAAUAUUCAUGCAUUAAAUCCUCCUGAAUCAUUCUAUUUAGUUCAUGAUAAAGAUGAUGAAGUUCCGAUUAACCCUUGUUUUAUUGUUAUCCAUAUUCCUCAUUUUCAUAGAAUCAAUAUCCAUGUCCAGCGCCUGAAAAUGACGAACAUGUUCAUCCAGGCAUCAGAACUUGAUAACAAUGGUGGUUUCACUCUAAGAAACAUUUUAACCGAUGGUCAGAACGAUCACCUCACCCUUGGCCUGGUCAAUAGAAUAUUCUCAACUAAUAAUACUCGAAUUCUUUUCGGAAAACAUGAUAUGUAUCUUCCUGGUAAAAUUAACACGCUUAUUACAAUUACGCUCUAUCAAAAUGAAGUUAACGAAAGAAAAUGUCACGAGUUAGAUAGCACGAACCUUUUCUGUGGAAAUGGUCAAUGUUUACCUGGAAUUUUUAAAUGCGAUGGUGUCGAGAACUGUUUAUUUGGUCACGAUGAAAAAAACUGUCCAAUAUCAUCACCUCCUUCUCAAUCAGAUCAACCCUGGUUGCUGAUUCUAUUAUCCAUUUCGACGGCGAUCAUGUUUCUAAUUAUUUCUUCGGCCCUGAUUUGGUUUGGAUGGACCAAGAUAAUAAUUACGAGGGAAAUAGUGACCACAGCAAAGUCCAGUAAAACUAUCAAUUUAGAAAAUCACCAUUCACUAUCAAUUUAACUGUCAAAAUCAUCAUCAAUCUAUUAAUACAAUAAAUCAAAAUAUUGUACAAUCAAUAUAUUAGCUAUUAAUAAAUCAAUCAUUUAUUGGUCUCAUUCCAAUUAUUUCUUUAAGCUUAAA